AUGCUCGCAUCGGGGCACUUUUCGAACAACCAAGCAGGGCAGUUGAAGGUGCUAGUCGUUCUGACAUCCACGGAUGUGGUUGAUAAGCAGGAGCCGGUCACACCGUUGAGGCCAGAUCAAUGCUCGACGCCAGUCAAGGAAGACAAGAAACGGAGGGUCAAGCAAGAAGACAUAAGCCCAGCCUCUAGACGCAAGAAGCGCGUUAAGCAAGAGGAGCAAGUCAAGGAAGAGAUACGCGUCAAGAUUAAGCACGAAGAGCCCGUUUCAACUUCAUCCUGCCAGAGCCCGACACGCGACGAGCUUGGAUAUACUGCCAAAGAAAUUGUUGGACAUGGGGAUGCGGUAGGCCUUGGUGAGCUGGAAGAUCCACUAUGCGAUUUAGUGUUUGGCAGUGACCCUAGUGGAAAGGUGUAUAAAGGCGUGGUGGCCGAAGGAGUCGAAGUGGACGAAGAAGAUAGAGAGGAGGAGACCAGUUUUGUUCCGGAGUUCGUAAACCCGGAGUCAAUUUCCCAAGCCUUCAGGGAAACUCAAACUCGACUGUCCGACACUAACGCUGCUAAAGCGCUUCCUCCAGCUCACUCUACACGCUUCAAGGGUGCAAAGAUCCCUACAACGUUUGCUAUUCGAUAUAGGAAAAGGAAGUAUUGA